AUGGACGUGGACGUAGACGUGGACGUGGACGUGGACAUGGACGUGGACGUGGAGGACGUGGACGUGGACGUGGACGUGGACGUGGACGUGGACGUGAACGUGGACGUGGACGUGGACGUGGACCUGGACGUGGACGUGGACGUGGACGUGGUCGUGGACGUGGAGGUGGACGUGGACGUGGACGUGGUCGUGGACGUGGACGUGGACGUGGACGUGGACGUGGUCGUGGACGUGGACCUGGACGUGGACGUGGACGUGGACAUGGACGUGGACGUAGACGUGGACGUGGACGUGGACAUGGACGUGGACGUGGAGGACGUGGACGUGGACGUGGACGUGGACGUGGACGUGGACGUGGACGUGAACGUGGACGUGGACGUGGACGUGGACCUGGACGUGGACGUGGACGUGGACGUGGUCGUGGACGUGGAGGUGGACGUGGACGUGGACGUGGACGUGGACGUGGACGUGGUCGUGGACGUGGUCGUGGACGUGGACGUGGUCGUGGACGUGGACCUGGACCUGGACGUUGACCUGGACCUGGACCUGGACGUUGACAUGGUCGUGGACAUGGACGUGGACGUGGACGUGGACCUGGACGUGGUCGUGGACGUGGACGUGGACGUGGACGUGGACGUGGACGUGGAUGUGGACGUGGUCGUGGUCGUGGACGUGGACGUGGACGUGGGCGUGGACGUGGACGUGGGCGUGGACGUGGAUGUGGACGUGGACGUGGACCUGGUCGUGGACGUGGACCUGGACGUGGACGUGGACGUGGACGUGGACGUGGACGUGGACGUGGACGUGGACUUGGACGUGGACGUGGACUUGGACGUGAACAUGGACGUGGAGGUGGACGUGAACAUGGACGUGGACGUGGACGUGGAAGUGGACGUGGACGUGGACGUGGACGUGGACGUGGACGUGGACGUGGACGUGGACGUAGACAUGGACGUGGACGUGGACGUGGACGUGGGCGUGGACGUGGUCGUGGACGUGGACGUGGACAUGGUCGUGGACGUGGACGUGGACGUGGACAUGGACGUGGACGUGGACGUGGACGUGGACAUGGACGUGGACGUGGACGUGGACGUGAACAUGGACGUGGAGGUGGACGUGGAGGUGGACGUGGACGUGGACGUGGACGUGGACGUGGACGUGGACGUGGAAGUGGACGUGGACGUGGACGUGGACGUGGACGUGGACGUAGACAUGGACGUGGACGUGGACGUGGACGUGGACGUGGACGUGGACGUGGACGUGGACGUGGACAUGGACGUGGACAUGGACGUUGACGUGGACGUGGACGUGGACGUGGACGUGGAGGACGUGGACCUGGACGUGGACGUGGAUGUGGACGUGGACGUGGAGGUGGACAUGGAGGUGGACACGGAGGUGGACGUGGACGUGGACGUGGACGUGGACGUGGACCUGGACGUGGACGUGGACCUGGACGUGGACGUGGACGUGGACGUAGACGUGGACGUGGACGUGGACGUGGACGUGGUCGUGGACGUGGUCGUGGACGUGGUCGUGGACGUGGACGUGGACGUGGUCGUGGACGUGGACGUGGACGUGGACCUGGACGUGGACGUGGACGUGGACGUGGUCGUGGACGUGGACGUGGACGUGGAUAUGGACGUGGACGUGGACGUGGACGUGGACAUGGACGUGGACGUUGACGUAAACGUGGACGUGGACGUGGUCGUGGACGUGGACGUGGACGUGGACGUGGUCGUGGACGUGGACGUGGACGUGGACGUGGACGUGGACGUGGUCGUGGACGUGGUCGUGGACGUGGACGUGGACGUGGACGUGGUCGUGGACGUGGUCGUGGACGUGGACGUGGACGUGGUCGUGGACGUGGUCGUGGACGUGGACGUGGACGUGGACGUGGACGUGGACAUGGACGUGGACGUGGACGUGGACGUGGACGUGGACAUGGUCGUGGACGUGGACGUGGAAGUGGACGUGGACUGGACGUGGACAUGGUCGUGGACGUGGACGUGGACGUGGACAUGGACGUGGACGUGGACGUGGACGUGGACAUGGACGUGGACGUGUACGUGA